AUGUCCAAGCGAGCAGUCUUGACAGACAAGGCCCCCAGGCCUCUCGGCGUCUUCAACCAGGCCAUUGUCGCCAACGGCUUUGUCUUCUGCUCCGGCCAAACGGCCCAGGACCCGGCCACCAGGACAUUAAUCCCGGGCGACAUCCAGGCCCACACGCAUCAAUGCAUCCGCAAUAUGAGCGCAGUGCUCGAAGCCGCCGGCUCUAGUCUGGACCAGGUCCUCGAGGUCAACGUCUUUUUGGCCGACAUGAAGGACUUUGCCAAAAUGAACGAGAUCUAUGUCCAAUACUGGGGAGACGUCAAGCCCGCGAGAACAUGCGUGGCUGUCAAGACUCUGCCGGGAAACACGGACGUCGAGAUGAAAUGCAUUGGUCUUGUCCGAGGGGCAUCGUCCAAGCUAUGA